GCAGCCGCAUUGAGGUCGCAAUUACGGUGCUGUUUUCUUUCAAUGCUAUAGCUAACAUUCAUCGUUGUUUUGUCGUCUUGUCUCACUAUUUAGAAGGUAAGUGGGGACAACGUGUCCAAGAGAUCUAACAGAAAGGAUUCGAACCAUGGUCAUUACGCGAGGUUUAGCUAACUGACUGCAUUCGGCCAUUGAGCGGCGUCCAAUGUUAGCUCUGUUUAUAUUUCUCGUAGGGGCGCUGUCCUCGCCUCUUCUCUACCUUGUCGCCAUUUGACGACAUUUUUGUGUAGUGCAUGCCUGUUAUUUAUGUUUAAGGUGCUUCGUUUUGUCGCUUUAGGUAUUAAAGGAAAGUAAACUUAGCGUUUUGUGUUAGCUCGCUUGCUUCCGUUAGCUAGUUGUCGUCGCGACCUAUGAAAGCGACCUGUUGUGUCCCUGGAGGUGGCUGUCAUUGAAAGUUGGCCACUUAGCAUUUAGCUUCUUUUGCUUUUCAGAAGCUCUGAUAACAUUUUGACGUAAAGGAAGCCGACCGGAGCUCGCUAUGUUCAAUCCCCACACCCACCAACAGCAGCAGCAACAGCAGCAGCAAUUCCACCAGCACCUGCGGCAGCUACAACAACUUUUCCAGCAGCAGCAGCCCCCGCCUCCACCGCCGCCUCCACCGCAGCAGCCGGCUCCGACUCACCAUGUCGGCCAUCACCAUCACCAGACACCGCGAGCCAUCCCCGUCCCUUCACAUACUACGCCUCCUCCUCCUAGAAUGGUCAACCUGUGCCAGGCGUCCCAGACCACCAUAAUCAGCCCCAAUCCCAUGCUGCAGGGAGCCUUAAUGAUGCAGCAAAUGCAGGGUAACAUGCGGGGCUUUGGGAUGGCCGGACAGCAAUUCCGUCAGUUCUUCACAGCGGCAAACAGGUCUCUGCUGGGGCCGGUUCCAAUUGGCAUGGCGAUGAAGUCCCCCGUCAUGGGUUUCCCCGCUCCUGCUCGGUCCUACCACCCUCACCCGCGCUACUACAAUAAUGCCAUACACGCCACCAACGCGGCCGUCACCAGCGCAGCCACCACCACUAGUGCGGCCACCGCCUCUUUGGUUUCCACUACCAGCACGGACAAGAAGAGUGAUAGCGAGCAGAUGGCGGACGAAAAUGCAGCUGAGAUUGCAGGAGUAAGCAAGGCCGGGGAGACUGAAACAGAUGAUGUUGCGGAAUGGGCGGAGGGUACUGACCAGAGCUUUGAGGAACAUCUUGAAGAACCUACGGCAAAGAGGCAGAGAAUGGAAGAAGGAUCAGAAGAACCUCAAGAGGAUGCCGUUCUCACCACUGCAGAUUCUGAUGGCAAUAUUCUCUCCAUAGAAUGUAACACAGAAGGCAGCCAGCUUGAUGACUGCCUCCUUCCUACACUGGGUUCAGAAAUGGAGGAAAGCCACGCCACCGAGAUGGCUGAUGGUGACCCGUCAGACAAACAGGAAGCGGAAGGCAAUGCUGCAGAAGGUCCCAACAAGUUCUACUGCUACCUCUGCACCGUCACCUGCCAUAGUCAGGAAAACUUCCGGAGUCAUAUGAACAGCGUUUCCCACCAGCAGAGAAUGAUGGAGAUUCAGCACAUGAGCAACGCCUGCCUGGUCACACUGCUGCCGCGACUUCACGAGACCCUACAGGGGACCAGUAAAGACAGAGACAAAAAAUUAGACAGGCAGCGUUGGUGUGGAACCUGCUGCGCUCACUACUCUACCAGCAUCUCGGACCAUCGGCGCACAGCGGAGCACAAAGUUGCGAGCCGAGCGGUUGUGUCAUCCUGCAGCCUCUGCAAGAAACACUUCAGGAGCUCCAAGAUAUUUGUGGCUCACUUACAGUCCCAGGAACACUGUCAAAGAUUAGAGAAGGAGAACAAGAGCUCCGGCACUUCAUCCAAGCUGCUAGACAUCGACGGCUUUGAGAUGGAAGAAGAAAAGGACGAGGUGGAUGACAGACUUGACUCGGAUGAAGAAGACUCCCCUGAGACCCAGGAUGGAUCGAGCUUGUGUAGAGAGGUGACGCUACAGGACAUGACGAGUGACGAGCAGUAUGAAGCCGACACCGUCUACGGGUCCAGCUUCUUUGUGCCAGUGGCUGGUUUCAUCUGCCGACUGUGCAACAAAUUCUACCAUUUUGACUCGUCGGCUUUACACACACACUGCAAGUCCCUCAAGCACUUUGACAACCUCAAGAGACACAAAGAAUCUGAAAAAUGUGACAACACUGAAAACAGCAACCACGGGAUUUUAACGGGACCACCCACAGACUCCCCGGGAGAAGAUAGCGGAGGGUCAGUUUCAAAUAUCAGCAGUUCACUCGGGACAGAAAACCUGCUCCAGGACAAAGCGGAGGAGCCCAACACUUGUCAAGCGCCGAACGCUCCGUCCGAGCUCCUCGCUGACAGCACAGAUCCGCCAAACUCCGCUGACAACACCAAUGAAGAAGACGACGAGGAAAAUGCUUUGCAGAAGCCUAACAUUAGACGGAGGUCCAAAAGAGCCAGUAACAGACGUUGAACGAUGGGUGAGAGACAUGAUUUUUUUUUUUUCUCUCCAUCAAGUUUCAAAUUCAAUGGCGUAUGACAAGAAAGUUGGAGAGCACAAUUACAAGGUGAGACAAAUUAGCCCAAACCCAUUGAGAUAUUAAACAUAUGUUUAGGACAUUUGUUUUAGUCGCACCUUAAAGGGGGCCUUCCAUCAUAAUUUUUCCCUGUGCUUUAUAUUUUUCUUAAUCAGACUAAAGUGUACAUUUAGAAGCAGCUGAGGAACAGCUCCAUCCCUACUGCAGUGCACUCUGAAGUAUAUUUGUAGCAUAAGUGAAUAAUGUGCCAAACACAGCAUAAUUCUGGACCGACCGCUGAAUUGAAUUCUAACAAAGUGAAAUGAAGCCCCACUGAAGAGAGGCAGCCAAAAACUACUCACAUUGAUGUAGCCAUCACUUGAGACAAGCUGUUUUUUUUUUUAGAUUAAAUUGAGCACAACGCACACCGCAUUUGACUUCCCUGAACGACUUCUUUUCUCCUCCAUUCUUUUGUUUGCCAAGCAAUUAUUUUAUUUUUGGGCUAUAGUUUUAUUUACUUUAUUUUGGUUUUAUCAUGCGACCGUUUGAAGGCUAAAUGCCUCUUCUACAAGACCUCAAAUAGAGAUUGGAAGCCACCGAAAUGCCAUUUGCUGUAAAACUAAGAGACGACUGCUUCAUCGUUUGAAAUCAAGGCUGCUCGAAUGUCAUGGUGUGUUUUCACGUUGGCUCAUCGGUGUUUGUUAAAGACAUUUUGCUAACACGUUCCUGUGGACGUUUUAAGUGAUAUGUUGAUGUUUGGUGGAAGAAGAAAAAAAAAGUUUAACAUGGUUUCUUUCAAGAAAACAUGUUUUGUUUAUUUUGGCUUCAUUUUUUUUUUAUUAUUCUGUUCUUAAGGUUCUAAUGCAUCACUUCAUCCUCAACUGUCCCACAAACAUUUCAUCCUCAUUUAUGGUUGUUUAGAGUCAGCAAGUCUUGCUCACACAUGUAGCAAAGUGUGACAUCACCAUGGUGACUUAGCACAUGACUAGCAAAAGCGUUUUUUGUUUCUCAAGACUAUUUUUAUUCAGCUACUGAUAAAAGUGAAAUCAAGAUUUGAUGUUUUCUAAAAUGUAUUUUUCCCGAUGUCAUUUUAAUUUAUAUUAAAACUGCCCAACAAUUCUG